AUGGCUCUCGUCAACGUCGAUGCCGUCAAGGCCCCUCCAGCGGAACAGUUCGAACAACCUCCCGAUGUCAUGGUGACGCCCUGUGAUCCCUGGCCUGCGCCAUACUAUAUGGAGGGUGGAUUUCGCCGAGUGCGCCCGUAUCACUACACCUUCAACACCUAUUGCAAGGAGCGAUGGCGUGGUCGAAACUUGGAAGACAUUUUUCUUUCCGAAUUUCGCGACCGCCCCCCAGAGUACUAUAAACACGCCCUUGAUAAUGGUCUCGUCUGUGUCAAUGGAAAGCCUGCGGGCAGGGACACCGUGAUCAAGAACGGCCAAAUGAUCUCGCACACCCUUCAUCGCCACGAGCCGCCCGUCACCGCCCUCCCGAUUGGUAUCAUUCAUGAAGACGAAGAUUUGCUGGUGAUCGACAAGCCAGCUGGUGUUCCAGUGCACUCCGCUGGCCGGUACCAUUACAACUCCGUUUGCGAGAUCUUGCGCGCCGAGCGUGGCCAGGGAUGGCUGCCGCGACCAUGCAACAGAUUGGACCGACUGACUUCUGGCGUCAUGUUUAUCGGAAAACACCCCAAAGGAGCUGAGAAAAUGACGACACAGCUGCAGGCGCGGUCAGUACAGAAGGAAUAUGUUGCUCGCGUGAAGGGCAAGUUUCCUGACGGCGUCGUGGUGUGUGAUCAGCCUAUAAUGCAGGUCAGUCCCAAGCUGGGACUCAACCGUGUGCGCGCUACAGGCAAAGAGGCUAAGACCAAAUUCCGUCGACUGGCUUACUACCCUCCUGAAGCAGCCGCAUCAACAACUGCUCCUGAAGUCCACACACCCGGUGGGGACACAGCGCGCGCCGUAACUCCGCCUCCAGUCCUUGCCAACGAGACCGAGGGGUACAGCAUUGUUCACUGCUUUCCCCUGACUGGACGCACGCAUCAAAUCCGUGUCCACCUUCAAUUCCUCGGCCACCCCAUUACCAAUGACCCAAUCUAUUCGAACCGAAGGGUCUUCGGGCCGGAAUUGGCCCGUAACGAAGACCACGGGGAACGCGAUGAGGAAAUUAUGGAGCGGCUUCACAAAAUGGGCAAGACAGAGGUUGCUGAUACGGCUACUUACCGUACACACCUGACAGCCGCACCGAAUGUGCCGCCGGGGACCGACCCUGCUGUCCUCGCGGAGAUUAUGUCUCGGGAGCAACAAGCUGCCGCCGAGGAUUAUGAAAAGCGCAAGGGAGAGCGCUUGUCUGGCGACUUGUGCGACGUCUGUGGAACAGAGCUAUACACCGAUCCGGGCCCUCAUGAGCUGGGUCUUUUCCUGCAUGCGGUCGCAUAUGCUGACCUCAAUGGUAAUUGGAAGUAUAGAAGCAAGAUGCCCACAUGGGGUCUGCCUCCCAAGGGCAUGGAAGGACCACAAGAGGUGCCAGAUUGGGUCACUGGUCCUGAAAGCGAAGAGAUCAUUUAUGGGCAUGGAACCGUUCCUCCUGAGAUUGGCACUGAGGACGACCCUCCUAACUCGGGUAACCGAAGAAAAAAGAAUCCCGGCGACUUGGGCCACGUACUUCUGCGGGGCGUUGGCUAUGUCAAUAUCUCUCAGAACGAUCCUGCGUUUGGUGGUAAUGAAUCGUCGCAGCAGGGAACAACCGAGUCUGCAUCUUCGACUACGAACUAA